AUGGUACUUCAGGCGGUUUCAAUCUUGCGUCGUGCGGCGCUUUCUGCACGAGUUUCAUCCACGCAUGCUCUGUCCACCGCCAGUUCAGGUGCCUUCCUUACGAUGGAGACGCGUCCUAACGGUGUAGCCAUCGUACGACUGGAUGAUAAGGCGGCCAAAGUGAACACGAUCUCGUCCAAGAUGACGGCAGAGAUGACGGCGAUGCUGGAGACAGUGGAGAAUGACCCCAAUAUUAAGUCGGUGGUGCUCAUCUCGGCCAAACCUGGCGUCUUCAUCGCCGGUGCUGACAUUUCUGAGCUAAACGCAUGCAAGACAGAGGAAGAGAUGCGCGCCAUGUCCAGUGCCGGUCAGAGUUUUAUGAACCGCUUGGAAAGUUCCAAGAAGCCUUUCGUGGCAGCUAUUGAAGGCUCCUGCAUGGGUGGAGGCCUCGAAGUGGCGCUCGCUUGCCAUUACCGAGUGGCCUCACAAAAUAAGAAGACGCAGUUGGCGUUGCCCGAAGUGAUGCUGGGGUUGCUGCCCGGAGCGGGAGGCACCCAACGUCUGCCAAAACUGGUGGGCAUCCAGGCUGCUUUGGAUAUGAUGCUCACGGGCAAGAAUAUCAAGCCGGACAAGGCUCUGAAGAUGGGACUAGUAAACCAAGUGGCCGACUCGCACGCGCUCGAAAGCGCGGCCAUUGCAGCAGCUCAACAACUGGCUACUGGGAGCUUAAACCCCAAGAAGAAAAAGAAGGGUCUGGUCAAUCGCGUCUUGGAGGACACUCCAUUGCGCCAGAUUGUGUUCAAGAAGGCGGAGGAGAUGGUGGAGAAGAAGACGGGAGGACACUACCCUGCACCCAAAUUGAUCUUGGAGGCGGUCCAAACAGGUGUGGAAAACGGACUUACAAGGGGUCUGGAGGUAGAGGCAGCUAACUUUGCAAAGUUGGGGAUGACCAGUGAGGCCAAGGCCCUGAUGAGCAUCUUCUUCGGACAGACGGCACUUAAGAAGAAUCGCUACGGCAAGCCUUCAAAGCGUGUAGAGACCAUGGCCGUCGUUGGUGCUGGACUGAUGGGAGCUGGUAUUGCACAGGUCUCAGCUGCGAAGGGUGUGCGCGUCCUGUUGAAAGAUCGCGAUGCUAUGGCUGCAGCUAAGGGUGAAGAGUACGUACGCAGCAACAUGGAUCAGAAGGUGAAGCGCAAGCGCAUGACUAUCUAUGAUCGCGACAUCGUCAUGGCAAAUGUGGUACCUUUGUCUGACGAAGAUGAAAUAUGGAAGACACACAUCGCAAAGGCAGACCUCGCUAUCGAGGCCGUCUUUGAGGACUUACAACUGAAGCAUAAGGUUCUGUGUGACCUCGAGAAUUACGUGUCGAAGGAAUGCGUAAUUGCUACUAAUACGUCGGCUCUUCCGAUUGCUGACAUCGCGUCUGCUUGUAAGCGUCCGGAAAACGUGAUCGGCAUGCACUACUUUUCACCUGUGCCGAGUAUGCCACUGCUGGAAAUUAUUCGUCACGCUGGUACUAGCGAUGCGACUGCAGCGAAAGCUGUUGACUUGGGACUUCGUCAAGGGAAGACCGCCAUAGUGGUGAAAGAUGUACCGGGUUUCUACGUGAACCGUUGUCUUGGUCCAUACAUUGCUGAGACAUUGGCACUUGUGGAGGAUGGCGUAGAACCGGAGAAGCUCGAUAGGCUCAUGACGACGUGGGGUCUACCUGUGGGUCCCAUUACUCUUGCUGACGAGGUGGGCCUUGAUGUGGCCUACCACGUGAACCAGACGCUGUCGAAGGCUUUGGGUAUGCGCAUGAAAGGUGGCGAUGCCAAGCUUUUCGAAGAAAUGAUUGGGCAGGGAUUCCUGGGCAAAAAGUCUGGCAAGGGCUUUUUCAUGCAGCCUUCUAAGGGCAAGAAGGACAAGAAGAUCAUCAACGCUGAUGCCAUGAACCUUGUAAAGAAGUUUCAGAAGACCGACCUGAAGCUCAAUGAGGAGGACACCGUAAACCGUCUUAUCUCGCGUUUCGUAAACGAGGCGGUUCUUUGCGUGCAGGACGAUAUCAUUGCGUCACCUUCAGAGGGUGAUAUUGGUGCCGUGUUCGGCAUUGGCUUCCCGCCCUUCAUUGGUGGUCCCUUCCGCUAUGUUGACAAAGUGGGCAGUACCAAGUUUACGGAGUUGAUGCAGCGCUACGCCGACCUGUACGGCGAGCAAUUUGCUCCGGCACCGCUGUUGCAGGACAUGGCCAAGAGCAACAAGAAGUUCCAUUCGAACUAA